AUGGACUAAAAAAAUUAAAUUAACAAUGAUUUUGACUAUUUACUGAUAUUAGAUUUCGAAGCUACUUGCGAAAAAAAUGUUAAAUUAGAAUGUUAAGAAAUAAUAGAAUUUCCUGUUGUUGUUUUAGAUGUUAAAAACUAAUAAAUAUUAGAUGUCUUUUUCCAUCAUUAUAUAAAGCCUUCUGUAAAUCCUAAACUCACAGCUUUUUGCACAGAAUUAACUGGAAUCAAACAAGAAUAAGUUGAUAAUGGAAUUUCUUUAUAAGAGGCUUUAGCUUAAUUAACCUUGUUUUUGGAAUAAAAUAAGUUGAUAGGAUCAUCAUUCACUUUUAUAACUUGCGGAGACUUUGAUUUAGGAAACUGUUUGAGAAGAGAAGCUCUUUAUAAAAAAAUAGAAAUUCCUUAAUACUUAAAAAAUUAUAUAAAUAUUAAAAAAGUCUUCCCAAAAUAAUAUUAUCCUAAACAAAAGAAAGAAGGUGAUAAUAGAUUACCUGACAUGGUAGGAAUGUUGCAAGGAUUAAAUCUCAAAUUAGAUGGACACCACCAUUCAGGAAUAGAUGAUUCAAAAAAUAUUGCGAAAAUCGCUCUCACUUUAUUACAAAAAGGAUUUAAAUUUAAUAAAAAUAUGAGAGCAUUUUCAAAUUACUGA